ACAAGUGAAAUCCUAGAGGGGGUGGGCGAUCGCAGUUUCCUCUGUUUUGUCGCGAUUUCUCGUCUAUUAUUUCGAUAUUUUCACCCACAGAACACGAAAGAUGAGUGUUUCUGACUAGCCACAAGGAAAAUAGAUGCAAAGAUGUCGAGAAAAAGUGAGCUGAAGAAGCUGAGUGAAGAGUCCCUGACUCGGCAGCCUGAGGAAGUGUUUGAUGUUCUUGAGAAACUGGGAGAAGGUUCCUAUGGCAGCGUGUUCAAGGCCAUGCACAAGGAGUCGGGGCAGGUCCUGGCCAUCAAACAGGUUCCCGUGGACACUGACCUUCAGGAGAUCAUCAAGGAGAUAUCCAUCAUGCAACAGUGUGACAGUGAAUAUGUCGUCAGGUAUUUUGGAAGUUACUUCAAGAAUUCCGAUCUUUGGAUUGUGAUGGAGUACUGUGGAGCUGGAUCUGUAUCAGACAUCAUGAAACUACGUAACAAAACUCUAACAGAAGAUGAGAUUGCUGCCAUCACCUCCAUGGUACUGAAGGGUCUGGAGUACCUCCACUUCAUGAGGAAAAUCCACCGAGACAUCAAGGCAGGAAACAUCCUACUCAACACUGAGGGAGACGCAAAACUGGCAGAUUUUGGAGUUGCUGGCCAACUCACUGACACGAUGGCAAAGAGGAACACGGUGAUCGGUACGCCGUUCUGGAUGGCGCCGGAAGUCAUCCAGGAGAUCGGGUACGACUGUCUGGCGGAUAUCUGGUCGCUGGGCAUCACGGCGCUGGAGAUGGCGGAGGGGAAACCUCCGUACGCCGACAUCCACCCCAUGAGGGCUAUUUUCAUGAUCCCCACCAAGCCCCCUCCCACCUUCAGGAACCCGGAGAAGUGGAGCCAGGAGUUCAUUGACUUUGUGUCUCAGUGUCUGGUCAAAAACCCGCAACAACGUCCGUCAGCAACACAGCUUCUACAGCAUCCUUUCAUCCGAGCAGCUAAGCCAGCCUACAUCUUGAAAGACAUGAUCUCAGAGGCCCAGGUUGCUAGGCAACGGAGGAUGGAACAAGUGGAAGAGGAGAGCCCGGAUGAGGAUGAGGAUGAUGAUGUUGAUGCGAGCACGAUGCUGCUGGGAGAAGACAACGACACGGGCACGAUAAAAGCGUCGGACACGCCGCGGGACAGCAUGACUGAUGUGGACGACAGUACCAUGGUGGAGAGCAGUACUGCAGGUACCAUGAUCGAGCACAGCGACAGUACCAUGUUGGAGUCAGACCUGGGUACCAUGGUCAUCAACUCUGAUGAUGACACAGAUGAAGACUCCACGAUGAGAAGAAUAGAAACAGGUAAAGUGAAGAAGGAGAAGUAUCGUCCGUCCUUCCUGGACCACUUUGAGAAGAAGGAACAAGACGAGAGAGACCGCCAGUCCGCCGCCAACGGGAACAUCACGGCCGAGAUCCAGCCCGGACCGGUUCUCCGGCCAGCGUCCGAGGGGUACGGCUUCAUGAGACCGUUCCAAGAUGGAGACUUCGAAUUUUUGAAGAACCUGAGCUCUGAUGAGUUGAGGAAGAGAUUUGAGACUCUGGACCAGGAGAUGGAGAGAGAAAUUGAGGAACUUCGGCGCCGAUACCAGGCCAAACGCCAACCUAUUCUCAACGCCAUGGACGCAAAGAAGAAGCGACAACAACACUUCUAACUCAAAUUAUCAUGAAACUUCAUCUGUGUUGGUAGUAAUCAUCAUAGUAAAACGUUGAACUUUAUUCCAACACACAGUUUA